AUUCACUUGCCAGUCCUUCCGCGGUGCAGAGAAGAUGUCUGAUCUCUUUAAUAUAAUAGCCUGUUCGGUUUGCAGAUCCCCUUUUGAUAAUUUCCGUCCUGCCAAGUUAUUGCUAUGUCAUCAUCGCUAUUGCCUAGAGUGUUGCAUUAAUCUGGUAGAUGAUGUGCUAGACUCAUCCAUCAAGUGCCCGCUGUGUCGAAGUGUUACAUUCAUUAGUGGAGGUCGUGCGCAAGUUGACUUAAACAUUCGUACGGAUUACGACUUUAUGGCCCUAAUUGAUCACGUAAAGUUAUCGACAUGCCAAGCUACAGUGCCGCAGGCACCAACCGCGGGCCCAUCCGCUAAGGCCGGCGUUCCGAUCAAAGAAUUACACUCUGACCAACUGGAAAGGGCAACUUUGAUCCUGUCAUCGUCCACUGAGUCUACUACUGAUUUUUCUCAUGGCGGAAAGGAAAAGAGUCUGACUUCAGCUAAAGGGAAGGCGCUGAAGAAGCCGCAGUUCAGGAAAAUAAAAAAAACAAGAAGAAAAGGAAAAAGACUGCCACCUGUCGCCAUAGUCAUUCUGAAUCGUCUUUUACAUCAUCGACGUCACAAUCGUCAGAUUCAUCAGAGAGUGACAGAUCAAACAGAAAAUCAAAAAAGAAGUUUGACCGCAGACGCCAUUACUUUACAUCACCGAAAAGUGAAAUGAAAACCUUAAUGAGAAAAUUCAACAAAACUCCUGCCCCACCAAAAGCUUCCAAGGAGGAAAAAGACGAUUUUUUUAUCAAAGAUUUGUUCCUCAUGGCCACCGCGGAUGCCAGGGAACUGCCUCCUACCUUGGAGCACGAGAGCCUUGCUGCUGCUGGACUUGGGCUGCGUUGCGAUAUCCAAUUUCGCUCCAAUGGCUCGCCAAAACACGUACUACGAGUGUUUAAAAGGACUUUUCCGCGUCUUCACGAGAUAGACAAAUUUUAUAUUUGCACCAAAAUGCAGGGAAUUAGCCGUCAGUUGACCAUGCAGCAUUAUACCCCGCCUGCUGCCCGUUUAUUGAAGCGUUUGGCAGGGAAAAUGAUUGUUCUUGUUCCCCUGAAGAAAGGUAUCGUGUAUGACUUAUCGGAGGAGAUGGUGGACUGCGACAUAUGCGAAGAAGCCGUCCCCAUUACAUUGUGGGCCAGCCAUAUCGAUAGCUGCACUGAGAAAAUUCAUCGCCCAAGAAAAAGGAAGACGUACUAGUUUAAGUGCUACUGCUUUAUCAUUUGCUUCUCUUUCUCACUUUCGAUAGUAUUACAAUCAAGAUAUGCCGUAAUGUGACAUGCCCUGUCAGU